AUGGCAGACGACCAGAUCUACCCUACCCAUUUCAUGGACAAUAGCCGAGGCCUCAAGAAUCUCGUACUGGCCUGGACCCUCCGUUUCAAUGACGUUCUUGACGGCGAUAAGCUGCACGAUGCUCUUUGGCGCCUUUUCGAGAUUGGUGACUGGAGGAAGCUCGGGGGGAGGUUGCGAGUUGGAAAAGGACGCAAGCUGGAGAUGCACGUUCCCCAAACGUUUACGAAGAACCGCCCGCCAGUGGCUUACACGAAGGAGGCCUUUGACGUGCUCAUAGCCGAAGACAGUCUGGCCAAGCAUCUGCCGUCGCCAACGGAGCGGCCAUCGUUGCAACGACCGGCCUCGGAUUUCCGCUCCCUUUCAGUCCGUCCCGAUGCACCCUCGACGAUCAAGGAACUGGUCAGCCGGGAUAUCCCGCAGGUGUCUCUGCACGUCGUGACGUUCAAAGAUGCGACCCUAGUCUCAAUAGCUUGGCCACAUGUGCUGAUGGAUGGGAUGAGCUUACAGGGGCUCUUGAGGGCCUGGUCUUUGGUUCUUGCCGGCAAGGACGAUCAAGUUCCGGCUUUGCUUGGGGCCAAGGACGAUGUCCUGUAUGCCGCUGCGCAAGACGCUGCGCCUGGCGACGAAUGGGUGCUCAGACACACAAUACUCACCGGGCUCAGAUUCCUUCUAUUUGUCGUCCAGUUCUUGUGGAGCGUCCUUACUGAACGAACCGUAGAAUGCCGAGCUAUAUGCCUCCCAAAGUCAGCCAUGGCCACCCUUCGUCGACAGGCACUGGACGAGGCCGCCGUGGCGAAGCCAGGCCAGGGAAGCGACCCAUGGAUCAGCGAAGGCGAUGUCAUCAUGGCAUGGGGCAUCAGAAUGACUGCUCUGGCCCAACCAUCCCCACGGCCUGUCAACGGGAUGGGUGCCUUGGACAUGCGGUCUCGUAUCCCCGAGUUUACGAACUCGAAGGGGGUAUACAUCCAAAACCUCGUGAUUGGAUCAAGCGUUCAGCUAUCCAAAGAUGAUGCGAGACAACCUCUCGGGGUCAUCGCAUCGAGAUGCAGAGAGGCUCUCGCAACGCAAGCCACGGCACCACAGCUUCGAAGCUUCCUGUUUGCACUUCGCACGGUCUGGGACGCCGGCAAGGAUCCUAUUCUUCUUCCCGGGGCGUGGAACGGAGAGCUAUUCACCAUUUCGAACUGGACAAAGGGCAAUUUUGUGAAUCUGCUGGACUUUUCACCGGCCGUGAUUAAGACGGGACAAGCUGACGAUGCCAGAACCAAUCCCUCUGGCACCAUGAUCUAUCACCAGUUCUUCGUCCUGGGGCAUGAUGCGACUUUGAGGAACGUGAUUGCGGUGCUGGGAAAAGAUCGGUUAGAUAACUAUUGGAUGAUGGGAUACUUUCCCACGAGGACGUGGGCUGUCAUCGAGAAGGAGAUGGAGAAAAUGGGUGAGACUGGCGGCGCAAUGAGCACAGACGGUCACAUGUGCCAUGGGUAA